UGAAAGGUUUAGAAGAACUGUCAGUCUUUGUAACUUAAUUGUAUACAAAGAAUCUGACCUUCUGGGUUUAAAGUGCCAUCUGUGGGCAAUAAUGUUAUUCAUCAUGAAGUAAUCGUUUCAGUCAUUGUUGGGUUUGCACGUGUUUCAAGGCUUGUUAAAUAUAACUGACUCUGUGGUUUUUACCAUCAAAUAUCAUUUCCUCCUGAUUCAAACACAUUCAGCAAAAAUGUGUUUUGAGGAGGACACUCCUGAACUGGAAAAAGAGCGCAUGUGAUUUCUUAAUAGGGUCUUCACCUCUCUGUGCUCCUUAAAACACAGGUCAUUCAGUUCAAAUGCAGCCCAGGACUUAACUCUUGCUUACGAGCACUUCCUUAUGAGUCAUCCCAUUGAAGGGACCAGGAAUACCCGCAUGUGUGCGACUAAUAAGCAAUUGCAGAAUCUGGCUAAAAUGCUUAGGACCAUGGUACCCAGUGGGUUGACCUUCAGUGCAUCUCCAGUGAAAAUGAGCUCACUCUGAUCUGCAGCACCUUAACCAGAACAUGGCCACCAGCUAACCUCAUAUGAGGCAUACAGCUUUAUUCCAUUCUGUAAUGAAAUUUGUGUUAUUCGUAGUUUUCUUUAUUUCAGAGCUCUUCUUGGCAAGCUAUUGUAUUACCAACUCUUCUAAAGGUACUUCAGGCCAUUCAUGGGGCAAAAGCCUGGCCUGGUCCUGCCACAGGGCUAGAGGGAGAAGGGAUCACUCUGGAUAAUGAAGCUUUCUACUUCUGUGACUGCUGGUAGCUGGGAAGAACUGAUACUGGAAGAAGCUACUUAUCCCCCUCCAUGGCAGCAAUAGCCCCUGUUUCAUCUAUGUAGCCUGGGUUUCUAAUGCUCAGGCACAGGCAAAACAGGCAGCACAGCCUGGUUCCUGCACCCAGAGUGAUUCUGACUCUGAAGAUGAUGAACCCAGGAGGUUCCAUGUAGAAAUAAAACCUGUCCAGUCAAAUCAUAGCUCUCAGUAUGCCAUGCCUUCCUUGGAUGAAUUAAAAGUAUCUAUAGGGAACAUCGCUCCUUCUCCAGCAAUAUCUCAGAAACAGAGUUCUGCACAAAUGAAUCAAAACUCAUCCAGUGAAGAGUUAACAAAAUCAAAGCUUUCUACUCCAGCUAAUGAAAAGGGGUACGGUGACCUUCUGGCAUGGGAUCCACUCUUUAGCAGUUCUCUUGAAUCUUCCUCUUCAGCCUCCUUGGCAUACUCAUCCUCCUCAGCAAGGCCCACAACUCCUCUUUCUGUAGGCACCAUUGUACCCCCUCCAAGGCCUGCUUCAAGACCAAAGCUGUCUACAGGGAAACUUAGUGGAAUUAAUGAAAUACCUAGGCCAUUCAGCCCUCCAUUGACCUCUAACUCAAGUCUGCCAGCUGCAGCUCCCUUGGUACAUGCAGAGAGCACUUCCUCAAUAUCCUCUUCUGCUUCCCUCAGUGCAGCCAACACACCUAUAUUUGAGGAUGAUCUUUUGAUUGGAACACUUCCUACAACUGAAAAGCUUUGUGAGACACCACCAGGUGUUUCACGUGGUCCCAGCCCUGUCAGCCUUGGAAACCAGGACACCUUGCCUGUUGCAGUAGCCCUUACUGAAUCUGUUAACGCCUACUUUAAAGGAGCAGAUCCCACAAAAUGUAUUGUGAAGAUCACUGGUGAUAUGACAGUAUCAUUCCCAAGUGGGAUUAUUAAAGUCUUCACCAGCAACCCAUCUCCAGCUGUGCUCUGCUUCAGGGUAAAAAACACAAGCAAACUAGAGCAGAUUCUUCCAAAUGCACAACUUAUAUACAGUGACCAGUCACAAAGUGACUCCCAUACUAAGGAUUUUUGGAUGAACAUGCAAGCUAUAACUGUCUACCUCAAAAAAUUAUCAGAGCAGAAUCCAUCUGCGUCCUAUUAUAAUGUGGAUGUUUUAAAGUAUCAGGUAUCUUCAAAUGGCAUCCAGUCUACUCCCUUGAAUCUUGCAACUUACUGGAAAUGUAAUGCUAGCACUACUGAUGUGAGAGUGGAUUAUAAGUACAAUCCAGAGUCUAUGAAUGUGCCUAGUAUGCUGUCUAAUGUCCAGGUUGUGGUACCAGUAGAUGGAGGAGUAACAAACAUGCAAUCACUUCCACCUGCAAAAUGGAAUGCAGACCAGAUGAAAGCUUAUUGGAAAAUAUCUAGCAUUUCAGAGAAGUCUGAGAAUGGAGGUUCUGGAUCCCUCAGGGCAAAAUUUGAACUUUCAGAAGGGCCCAGUAAACCAGCAACACUUGCAGUGCUAUUCAUUAGUGAAGGAAGCACCCUUUCAGGAGCAGAUGUAGAGCUAGUAGGCACUGGCUAUCGACUUUCCCUCCUUAAGAAGAGGUUUGCCACUGGACGGUAUAUGGCAGACUGCUGACUAACCUGUGGAAGUCAUUGGAUCAAAGGAGCGCAAGAAGAUUACUCUGCCCUCUCUACUUUUCAAACACUAUUUUAACAGGCUUUAAUUUUUUAAAAUGUUGACCUAUUUUGAGGCUGAACUACAGAACAGAAAAUGCACUUUUUAAAGUUAUUUUGCAAAUUUUUUAUUACUUUAUAAUAGCACUGAAGUUAACUUCAACACUGUAAAUUAUCAUCUGCAAUAUUUGGAAAAAAAUUUUGAAAUGUUAGUAAAUUUAUAUAGAUGAAGUCAAAAUAAUAAUAAAUAGUUGUAAUGAAAGUAUGAAGUUGUAUGUUAUACUGUAAACAUUAAACCUAAAAAUGUAGGAAAGCAAGAAAUAUUUGAGCUUUUCAUAAUAUUAAUUUUUCAUAUUCUUUAAUUGUCAGUUUCUAAAGAAAACAGAGGCAGUCUCACGUAGUUCUUCCAUCCACUUGUGCCAUAGAACCAGCUGAGUUAGAGAUGUAUAAAAAAAUGUAACUUGAUGCCUGUGUAUCAUAUAUUAUUAAAAUAUAACUUGUUUUAUAUAGGGUUUUUUCCUAAGUGCAAUGUGUUACAAAAUUCAAAGACAGAAGAGAUUUACUUCUGCAGUUAGUAAAUUUUAUGGGUGUUGUGACUGUACAUUUAAUUUUUUUUUAUAUUAAUUCCAUAACAUUUGUACCUUUAAAAAAACCAAACAACUGUGCCUAUCCACAUGCCUCAUGCCUUUUUCAAAGUUUGGCUCUUCAUCAAGAAAGCAUGGUGUUUGUAGAAUAUAUACCACUUUAUAAAAAUUCCUUUGACUGUGAUUUAGAAGGCAGAUUUUCAAAACUGGAGACUGUUUUAAAGGUUUAAAAUACUGGUUUACUUCCUCAUGGGGUAAUUGCAGUAAAUGUGGCUGU